UUACAGAGUCGAGGAAUAUACAGACACGAACCAUGGUCGAAGGUUUAACAUACGCGUAACGGAAAAUUCGAUUAAUCGCGGCGAGUACCGACGAACGUGGACGCGAGCGCGGUGGGUUGGCUCGAACAGAGGGAACAUUACGGUAACGUAAUACGGCCGCUAAUUAAUCGCGUUCGACGGGGAUUCAAAGUAAACGACAUUGACCGAGAAAUGGGAAAGCGAUCGUCGCGUAGAAAUUUUCUACCGCCGCCGCGCAGUAUCGAGUGUUGACUCGGCGCGUCGAUACGUGUCAAACGAGCCUUUCCUCCUGUGUAAUUACCAGACAGCGGUUGAUCAUGCAAUUUACAGCGUACACAGACAGACGAUUACACGGGGCCGACCGGUGCAAUAUACAGUUUAAUAAAGUUUAACGAGCUUUUCAUCUCAUUUGGGAACCGGCGGACCUUUUGAUCGGUUGACUAGCAGGUUUCUCGGCCGCGAGCAUCGAUACAAAUAUAACUGAAGCUCCCGCCCCCGAAUAAUCGAAUUCCUCCCAGCGGACCGAAGAAAGACGCCCGCCACGAAUAGCAGACCAAGGGAGAAGGCUGAGGGGAUCGGACGGACUCGUCUCGCCCCUCUCGCAGCCCUCCCUCGAUCGACCUCGACCGAACACCGCAAACACCACCGAACAGAGAUACUCCGCGUCGCUUCGUCGACGGAUCAGCCCGUCCACGUUGUCCUCGCCGACGCAAGCAACGAUCCACGAGCGAAAUCAACGUCCCUGGAGACUGGUCUUGGCGAUCGGAGCGGAACUGUUUCCCGUUCGUCGUCAUCGCUUGCUCCCGAUCCGCACAAUGGGGCGAGGUUGCUUGGCUAGCGGUCGCGAUCUGGCGAACCGGUAAACCCGCGGUCCCAGGCUGCCCCUGGACGGCGUCCCCGUGAUCGAGAGGAUCGAGGCAACGGCGGCCGGUGAACGAAUGUGCAGACCCGCGGAACCGGAGGAUGCCCGGCUGGCUGCGUUGGACAUGGGAUAGAUGAUAGAUCGCGAAUAAUGGGGUGGUAGAGCCAGGCGUGGAAGCGCAAAAAUGGAUUGGGUGCCUCGGCUCAGGUAGCCAGGGACGACCAAGUCGCACGGCCGCCGGGGCGAAACGAGCCCCGAUAAAACGAUCUUGUUUCUCCAUUUUCUUGCUUCCACCGGUCAGUUUCGCGGAACCUCCGAGGACUGUACCGUGGUAAUCGUUCCCUCCGCCUGUUACGCGCGGAAAGACUGACAGACACGGAUUCGUUCCACGGGUGUUCGGCUCGCGCGUGAUCCUCGCCGACCGGCGAAACGGUCGGAUCGCUGGCCGAGAGAGAAAGACUGACUCGCCACCGGCUACAUAUCGUGUUCUUUGGAUCCUGCCUCUCCUCCUCUCUUUCUCCCUCUAUCACGCUUCACCCUCGUGCCCGCACAUAUCUUUCGUCAGCCCGCGUAUCGAUUCCUAGCGGCUACCAUCUUCGAGGAAUCCCCGGAGUGGAUGUACCUACCCCGAGAACCUCCGUUUCCGAUUGUUGCGCGCGUAGAAACGAGAGUAUACGUGCACGCAUACUCGCAUGUAUACGUAUAUGUAACGUGUAUCUUAUAUUUAUGUGUUUGUAUGUACGCACCGAGUAAUCGGGAUAAUUCCGCCGCCUAAUCGGCGCGAAUCGUGCACGUCGAGAUCACCGGCUUCCGGAAAAGGAGCAGCGUCUGCGGAGGGUUUAACGGACACUUGCCGACGGGAUACAACCGAGUUUCUCGCGGACGAACCGAUUUUCGCGCGCGGACACAGACGGACCGAGAGAUCGAUCGGGACCAGUGAGAAGUGAAGUCAGUGCGACCGCAACAGAGCAGGAUGGGUUGUGGUCAGAGCAAAAUCGGCAACAUCUAUCCGAAGAACAAGAAGAACAAGAACAACAGCGGCAAGAAGAACGGCGAAUCCGUGGGUUCCGCGUCCGUGGAGCAGAAGAACGGGAACGGCAGCGCGAAGAACAACAAGACGAACAACAACGCCGUCGAGGUGAACAGAAACGAGGAGCAAAAUGGCACCGGCGACAAAGGGAAGAAGAAGCCGAGCCCGCCGGGAAGCGGUCCUUUGUUGCAACAGGCAGAGAUAUCCACCAGUCAGCUCGACUUCUUCAAGAUGCUCGACGAGAAGAUCGAGAAUGUAAGUUGCCUCGUCGGAACCGAGAAUCCCCGUCCAUCGCCGCAUAGAUCCUGUCCCUAGGGCCCUAACAAUAUUAGAUCGUCCCAUAAGCUCACACCGCAGUGUGUUUAUAUUUAAAUAUUUUAUUUAAAUGCGUCACAUUUUCUAAUUGCAGCAUAGAAACCCUUAUGCUUCAGUUUAGUUGUUAGAACGCACUUUGAUAUUUCAUCCAAUAUUAUUUUGUGUAGUAAACAAAUAAACGGCACGAACCUAUGGGACGACCUACACAUCUGUAUUCGUCGAGAAUUCGUUUUCCAUGGACUCCCAGUUUCCCUUGCUUCUCGCUUGAUCCGUGAACCGUUCGAAUGCCACGGGCAUUCGCGAAAAUCCAGUUGAAAACUGGCGAGAGCGAUCGCGCCCCUUCCAUUUCAGUUCAGAAACCGAAUGACGUUUUUCUGUCUGUACGUGAAAGAAAUUGUGAAACGCGAUCGUUCCGUGUUUCUGUUUCUAAGCAUAGAAUAACGAGAAUAAAGAUAAAUAAAUAACGGAGAGCGAUCGUGCUGCUUGGCACUCAAACGGUGAACGCUAUGUCGGACCCUGGUGACUGACGCUAUGACUAAAAAACAACAUACAAGAUAACCGGUGUGAGGUGAAAAUGUUCAAUAACGUAAGUUGAUAACAGUGUAACGCAAACAUUGUAACGAAUAAUUAGUAAUUUGUCUUUGACACAAAAGAAAAAGUCGGGAAAAGCAUUCUCGUGGUGCUUAACGUGUUAACACAUUGCGUGCCGGCUAAUUUUCAGAAAACUGAAUUGUGAUGGCAAUUUUCAGUGAGGUCAUCUUAUAUAUAAUACUA